AUGGCAAUAGGAGCGGGAAUGUCUUGCGUCAAAUAUCUAUUGUUUUCUUUCAACCUGUUAUUCGCGAUAACAGGGCUGAUAAUCCUUAUAGUUGGUGCAAAAGCCGAGAUCAAUGCUUACCCAUAUGUUAACCUGACGGAUGAGACGUUCUACACAUCAGCACCCAUUAUCCUCAUCAUAGUGGGUCUGAUUGUGUUCAUAGUGGCAUUCUUUGGAUGUUGCGGUGCUGUUAAGGAGAACCAUUGCAUGAUAGUGACGUUCUCCAUCUUCCUCCUGAUGAUCUUCAUAGCUGAACUGGCUGUGGGUAUCGCCGGCUACGUCAAACACCAAGAUCUAGAAACUUCCAUUGUGCGGUCUCUCAAUGAGUCACUGAAACAAUAUCCGACCAACGCAGACAUAAAGAAGAAUUUCGACAUCAUCCAAACUGAUUUUACCUGCUGCGGUAUCAACAGCCCUGACGACUGGCAGUUGAAUGGCCUACCAAUUCCGGACACUUGUUGCGCUGCCCAAGAGAUACUAGACAACAAACCGGUCGCUUGCACACCGAGCAACCCUAACUUCCACACUCAAGGAUGUCUUAACCAUAUUCUCGUACACUUGAAGGACGUGGCUUUGGUUCUUGGUGGAGUUGGGCUUGGCAUCGCUUUUAUACAAUUACUCGGCGUGAUCUUCGCGUGCAGCCUCGCUCGUUCCAUACGCAGCCAAUACGAAACGGUGUAA